ACGGACAACGAGAGCGAAGAUAAUGACAUCUAUCGCGGCACCCCGCCGACUCCUGGGCCUGCCAGAACACCCUCACCAGCUCCAUCCACCUCUUCUUCCAGCUCUAGCUCAAGCGCAUCUGUUUUUGGAGGCCGGCUUGGAGCGAUCUCUGCGGGGGUCGAGCAUGCGAUAGCGCGAUGGGCUCGCGCAUGGCGUUCGACCUCAAGUCUGUCCUCCUCAUCGUCCACCUCCUCCACGUCGUCCGCCUCCAUCAGCCGCGGCAAGUCCCAAGCACCGCGCAGGCGCAAGCGGCGCCCACGCAGCAUCGCGACCACGAUACAGAACGCGCGGUCAGAGCUCGAGAUCGCCGCACGCAUACGGGCCCGUGAAGACCUCCGGAAUAUACCUCGCGGCUUCGUUUUGUAUGUGCCCAAGCUCCCUCCGGCCUCUGCGAAGUCGCACGCUGCCGCCGAGCGAAGGGCGGCGCGGAUCGCGCUCGUUAACCAAGACCCGAUGUUGUGCACUACGGACCUUCACGAGGUCACUGCACGCUUGAACGUCGUCUUGAGGGAACGCGCGAAGGCUCGUCGUGUCCGCGCGGACCCGCAGCCUUCGGUCCUCUCCGCAGCAUCUUUGGCACCCACCUCCAAUGCCUCGCCUCCGCUGCGACCAGUGUCGCUUCCCGUGCAUGACUAUAUGCUCUCGGACGUGGACGCUGUCGCGCGGCCGACGCCGACUCUCCCGAGUUCAAGCACAUCACGCAAGGAGAGGGAAGGGAAGGGCAAGCAGAAGCAACCCAUGGUCCAGAUACCCCAAACCCCAUCUGCCCUACCGCCGCCGAAACCCCUCACUGUCAAGCUCGAGCCUCAGCGCGCGCCGAAGGCAUGGUGGCUGGACGUAUCUUCUCCUUCGUGGGAGGAUAUGUGCGAGAUCGGCAAGCUGCUAGGGCUCCACCCGUUGACACUGGAGGAUAUUCUGACGCAAGACCCACGCGAGAAGCUGGAACUGUUCCCGAAGCUUGGGUACUACUUCUUGUCGUUCCGCGCCAUCGAGAGUCGGAAGACGCGGGAGCGACUGCGGAACAUACUGAGCGCAGACGUGGUGAGUGAGGAUGACGAGGGUAUCGUUGCAGAGGUCAAUAUGUAUUUGGUGGUCUUUCGUGAGGGGAUAUGUUCUUUUCAUUUCGCGGAUGUUGAGGAGCACGUAGACCGGGUUCGGCAUAGAAUCAUGCUGCUUGAUGAGAGUACCAACGCUUCAUCCGAUUGGAUUGCCCACGGCCUUCUGGAUUCGAUCGUCGACUCCUACUUCCCGUACCUGGACAUUAUAGACAAGGAGGUCAUGGAAAUGGAACGAAGGGUCUUCUCGGCUGGCCGGCCUGAUGGUCUACUUCGAGGAGAUCGUUCUGAACGCCCUCAUACACCCCCCGUAGCCGAAAAGCAACCGUUCCCCGAAUCCAAUCCUUCUAGGUCGAAGGAAACCUCCCACACAGAGGUGGACGAGAUAGAUUCCCCGCCUUCGCCGGCCCUCGCGAAGACAACGUCAACCAAGACCAUUCCCCUCCGACCCCGAUUUGUUUCGCCUGCCAGCGUCCCCUUAAUGAUGCGUCGGGCAAGACGUGCCAUCGUGGACGUUAUCGCCUCUAUACCCCGUUUCAAGGCUGUCGACACGACCGCCCCUGGAUACUACCACCCGACAACCACCGUGUCGCGUAUGGCGCGUAUUCGGAGGCUCGUCACAUCUUUAUCGCGCUUUAUAGCCGUUAAAUCCGAAGUUGUGACGCAGGUGAAGAAGCGGCUGCUGACCAAGGGCGAGUGGAGUCUCGGCUCGGGGACGGAAGAUGAUUUAGAUAUCUUCGUGUAUAUGGGUGACGUCCAAGAUCACAUUCUGGCUCUCCAGCAGUCGCUCGCUCACUACGAACGGAUGCUCAACCAGUCGUAUCCGACAUUCCUCCAACAGCUUCGAAUGUCAGUCAACAGGGCCAAAAAUGACAGUGACAAGGCCGUGACGUUCCUGACCAUCAUUUCUCUGGGUGUUGUUUGCGUGCAGACUCUAAUCGGUCUAUUUUCCAUGAAUGUUGGAGUUCCCCACAACAAUCUAUCUGGAAACAAGUACACCACAUUUGCGGUCGUCGUCUCUGCCGGAGCUGUCAUCGCUACCAUCUACUCCAGCGUCGUCCGGUACUGGUGGAUCCAAGCCAAACGGCGCAGGCUUACCUCGAAGCUGAAGGCAUAAUUUAUAUCACAACGGACGGAUUUCUGGUUUGCUCUCUAAUAUUGUUCGGUAAUCGGCUUACCAGCGUUUUGACAUGCUAUUUUGCUCCGCUCUGAUCCUUUGACUCAGCACCGUAGACUCUCCGAAGUUGCUUUGUCUGCAUUCGCUUUCUGUAGCCGUAGUACCAAUUGACCGGAUUUAGC